CAAAGUAUGGAAAAUGAGUGACCUUCGCACCCGUCACAAGCAGCUAUCACAUGAGUAGUCUGUUAUCACAAAUCCGCUCGUUAUUUCGUCCUGUGUCAAAAGUCCGAAGUAAUAAUAAUGCAUCUGAAGCAUUUCUCAAGAGAGUCAGAUUAUGUCUUCUGACAGCUGUUGCUGGCUUUGAUAAUAAGCAUACAAAGUAUCAAACGAGAAUUCCACCUAAGUGGGUGUAUGGUGAUGAUGCUUGUUUCUUAUCUACAACAGAUUCUUCCUAUGUCCUAGGUGUUGCUGAUGGUGUUGGUGGUUGGCGGUCAUAUGGAGUUGAUCCUGGUCGAUUUUCUAGAGCUGUUAUGAAGAAUUGUGAACGUCUUGUAAAUUCAGGCCGUUUUAUGCCUGAUAAACUGGAGUUCCUAAUAGCUCAAUGCUAUGAAGAUGUUCUGAACUCUAAGGAAAUUAUACUGGGAAGUGCAACUUUAUGCAUUAUAUCAUUACAACGUAAUGAACAUAGAGUAUAUGGUGCCAGUUUAGGCGACAGUGGUUACCUGGUUAUACGUGAUGGACAUGUGAUUCAACGUUCAGUUCAUCAAAAACACUCAUUUAAUACACCAUUCCAAUUGGCUUGUCCACCAGUAGUUCAUUCAAGACACUUUCAUCGUGACUUACCUAAUCAAGCUGUUCAAACUUCUGUAGAAGUUAAGCCAGGUGAUGUAAUCAUCGUGGGCACAGAUGGAUUAUUUGACAAUCUGACUGAGUCAAUGAUACUACAAGAAGUCAAAAAUGUUGAAUUGCUCGCCAAUUGUACGAUCGACACUUUAAAGCAGUGUGCUAAACGUCUUGUGGAACAAGCACGAAGCGCAGCAUUCGCUCCUGAUUUCGUUUCUCCGUUCGCCAGUGAAGCACGUCGUUAUGGUAUCAACAUAGCAGGUGAAGUUUUUCUUUUUCAUUUUAUCAGUUUUCAUGACCACUAUUUACCUGUUAUUUGUCAGGGUAUGGAUUUAAACAAACAAAUAUUAGAAUUGAACAAUUCUCUGUAUUGUCAGCUUUUAUCUGGUGAACUGUGCAAGUCGACCACCGAGCAGGUUUAGAUAACAGUUUAAUCACUGAGGUUUGUUGUAACCUAUCAAAAGAACAAGUAAUACGCAAAUAUUCGUUUAUCGUUAACCUUGGUAACUAAUUAGGUGAUUAUGCAGGUUUCCUUUCACUUGGAGUUGCCACCUUCUCAUCAAGAAUUGGAAUAUACUAAAGAAGGCUAGCUAUCCUGGAAAGUCUACUUACUAACCUUUACUUCUAAACAAUGACGUAUUUUUGAUUGAGGAGGAAUAGAUUUACUGCAAGUAUAUCGAGUGGUUAAAACACUCACUAAAUUGAGGCUGUUUCUAAGGAACUGAAAUCAUGUGGCGUUCCAGGUGAUAUAACUGUCAUUUUAGGAUUAAUUAUUGAAGAGAAGUCAUCACCAUCCUUAGCAAAUGACGAUUUAUGCGGAGUUAGUCGCCAUAUCCAAAAGUCACAAUCCUCGUUGAAACCUCAUUUGAUCGCUAAACCAACUCGUAGUGUAUCGUGUUCGAAAUUAAACUGUGAUAAAUUGUAUCCAUUCUCUUCUUCUUCUUCACCUCUCCCAUCUGCUUCACGUUCUCUUCAGUUACCUCGAAAUAGUUCAUGUAUUUGAUGCUUUAUGUUUCCUUACGUAGAAAGUAAUGUAAUAGUCCACUUUUCAGGUAUUCAUCCAACUUGUUUAUAACUAUCACUUGUAUAUCUUCGAAUAUCCAUUCUAUAUAAUAGUGCUGUAAGUGUUAAUAGUUAGAAGAGAAUCGACUUUUUAUCAUUUGACCGUAUACGCUUUCACUGUUUUGCACUCCUACGCCUUUCAUACAGAAACUGUAUCUCCAUUAUUUCUUGUCAGAGGAAAACAAACAAAGAACCGGUCUUCUUCCCGGUCUCGUGAACUUUUAAAAAUUAUUUUAAUCUUCGAAAUGAAAUCCUGUUCGUGAAAGAAAUGUAAACGUAAUAUUAUAAAACAAGCCGGUAAAUUGGAGUAGUGCCAUGACUACUAAAGUUGUAGUAACUAUUUCUUGUUGUAGUUUUCUUUUCCUCACCAGUUUCUUUCCAAUAUUUUGCGUCCAAAACCACUUUCUUAUUGUAAAUAAUGCACACACAUACAAUACACAUGUCUAUAUAGACAAAAAUGUAA